AUGACUAAUGGACUCUCAAACCCUCGAAAUCAUGCUUCUAGCUCGAGUGCAUCUACUAAAGCUGAAAAACGAAAAGAGUAUCAAAAAAGAUACUAUGCUGCACGCAAAGAAAAUAACAAAGUAUCUAAAUUUGGGAGUGGUGAUGCCCCCCAAAGUGCUUCAUCAAUAUCUUUAAUGAAUAAUAGGUCAACAGAAAGGACACUGUUAAGAAGUUUACAAACUAAUAUUACUCAAUUUCCACAAACAACAAAUGAGAACGCCUCAAGUGUUUCUACUACAAAAUGCAAGGAGUACAAUAAAGGAUGUUCUAAUACACCAAACGAUAAUGGAAUGCGUAUUUCAAAUGGCAGUCAAGUCAACCAAACCCCGAUAGAUGAUGUUACGCCGACAACCACAUUCCCAUCUGUAAUUGACGUAGUCAGGCAUAGAACAUCACGAGGUAUUCAAAUUCAUCCGCGUACUUUAUUACCCCAAUUUGCUGAAGUAGUUGAUCAACCUUCCCUCCAACAUGGGAGCGUAGAAGAUGAUCCUUAUAAUUUUGUUUACAAUGGUGUACCUGGAGAGCAUCGUGUUUUAAAGGAACGAGGCGCAUGUCCUAAUUGUGGAGCAAAACGAUUUCAAUUUGAAUUUGAUACCUUUUGUUGUAUGAGUGGGAAAACCGUGUUAGCAAACUUAGAAAUUCCAGAGGAAUUGUACCGACUUUUCACGUCUCAAGAUGAAAUUGGAGAUAUGUUUAGGCAAAACAUCCGUGCUUAUAACACCAAUUUUUCUUUUGCCUCAAUGGGUGUGACAUUGGAUGACACAUUGAACAAUAUGAGAGACGGCGUAUAUACUUUUCGUGCACAUAAAGGAAUAUAUCACAGAAUCGACCAAUUAGUUCCGAGGGAUGGGACUCCUAGGUACUUGCAGUUGUAUUUUUACGAUCCUGAUACUGAGUUAGAUCACAGACUCCGAUGGCCAAAUAUUGAUCGGCGUAUUACUCAGACUUUAACACGCGUUCUUUCUACAAACCCAUAUGUCGAUACAUUUAGAAGACUUGCGGAACUAGGACCUCUGGACAACUAUAGAGUCACUUUGAAUACUUCGGUUGAACUUGACCAAAGGGUGUACAACCGACCAACGACAUCGGAGGUUGCUGUGUACGGUAGGUCUGAAUAUAGACAAACUAUUCAGCCGUACUUCAGUUGUUACGAUCCAUUGUCGUAUCCUCUAUUUUUUCCUAAUGGUGAGUCGGGUUGGCAUGCUAACAUACCACGUCAAGGAGUAUCAAUCAAUGAGGUUCGCAACAAUGACAACAUCGAAGGAGAAAUGGAAGAGGCUAACACACGAAGUGGUAGAACAACCGUGGCUAUGCGAGAGUACUACUGUUACAAGUUCCAGAUUCGAUCUACCGAUAAUGUGCUUUUGUUCGGUGGUAGGCUGCUACAGCAGUUUGUGGUUGAUGUUUACAUCAAAAUUGAGACGUCACGCUUAGAAUUUUGUGAGAGAAACCAGGAUAAGAUUCGGGCCGAAUUGUACCAAGGUAUUGUGGAUUGCGUCAAUACUGGCGAGGUUCAUGCAAACAGAGUCGGGAAAAGAAUUGUGUUGCCUGCAUCUUUCAUCGGGGGGCCUCGCGACAUGCGACGUCGGUUUUUAGAUGCGAUGACGUUAGUUCAAGACGACGGCAAGCCUGAUGUAUUCCUUACAAUGACAUGUAAUCCUAAGUGGCCUGAGAUAUGUGAUAACUUACAUGUUGGUCAAACUGCUACAGAUCGUCCAGACCUUGUUUCAAGAGUGUUCCGGGCUAAAUUAGAAGAUCUUAAGGAUCAACUCUUCAAGAAACAUGUCCUCGGGGAAGUUAAGGCAUACGUCUAUGUCAUUGAAUUUCAAAAGCGGGGUUUGCCGCAUGCACAUUUUCUCCUAAUCAUGUACCCGCAACACAAGAUCAAUAACGCGGACCAUUAUGAUAAGGUUGUGUGUGCUGAAAUUCCUAACAAACUAACACAUCCCAGAUUGCAUGAGAUGGUUGUCAAGAACAUGAUUCACGGUCCUUGCGGCAAUUUACGAUCAAGCAGUCCUUGUAUGCAGGGUGAUCCUAAAAUUUGUCGUUUUCGCUAUCCUAGACAAUUUAACGAACAGACGACACAAGGAGAAGAUUCGUAUCCGUUGUAUCGAAGGAGAGACACCGGGAUAGAAGUGGACCUACGAGGACAAACACUUGAUAAUAGAUGGGUGGUCCCAUAUAACCCAAGGCUUUUGAUGAUGUUUAACUGCCACAUGAAUGUUGAAGUUUGCUCAAGUAUAAAAUCUGUGAAAUAUCUUUUCAAAUAUGUUUAUAAAGGACAUGACAAACAGGUUAUUCAAGUCGAUCAAAGUGAGCCAGGGGUUGUUAUUCAUGAGAUAAAAAGAUUUCAAGAUGCACGCUACAUAUCGCCCCCAGAGGCUAUGUGGCACAUUUUUUCCUUCUCUCUUUCUCAAAUCUUUCCUGCUGUUCUAGCCUUACAACUUCAUCUCCCAAAUAAUCAGAUGGUUAGAUUUAGAGAUGAUGACUUGAUGCCUAAUAUUGUUGAUAGGGAAAGGGAUAAGAGAACCAUGCUAACAGCAUUUUUUGAUCAGAAUAGAAACGAUACUCAUGGAUACCUCAGACACAGGAGAUUCGGACACUACUGGACCCCGACCCAUGGAGUCAGACGAGGUUAUGUCAUCAGAGCACGAGGUCAGCCACUUGGCGAUGUUCCUGUUGAUGAUAUUCCUUUGUUAGAUGCUGACCAUGUUGUUGAUCCUCUUGUUGACCCUCCGAUCGCUGACGUCCCAGUUGACCCUCAUGUCGAUCAUAUUGAUCCAGUUGUUGCUCACGUUGAUCCUGUUUUAGCUCCUGUUGAUCCCUUACCUAUUGAGCCCGAGCAUGCUCUGUUUGCAGAGCACAUGGAUCCCCCUGACGAGGAGGCUCAGCACGUUAAUGGUCAACGGUGUGCGACAUUUCGGAAAGCAGCUCUUGAGUUAGGCUUAAUAGAAGACGAUGAAUAUCUAUCACAAUGUCUCGAAGAAGCCUCUACGUUUCAGUUUCCCAAUGCUCUUAGAAGGUUAUUUGCGACCAUAAUGAUUUUUUGCCAACCUAGAGAUAUUCGAAAGUUAUGGAAUGACCACUUUGAUUCACUAUCUGAAGAUCAUCGGUUACACUGUCAAAGUAUAGAACGAGUUCAAAAUAUGGUUCUUACCGAAAUAAGUGUCUUGGUACAAUUCGACCUUCCUAAGAUAACAGACGAUGUUAACUUACAAGAUGCAGGUUAUCGUGAGUUACAAGAAGAGUAUGGGAUUGUUUUGGAACCAGAACACUUGAGUGCCAAACAUUCACUUAAUCCGGACCAAAAAAACGUGUUUGAUGAGAUCAUGAUGCAUGUUGAUAAUGAUCUUCCAGGCGUGUUCUUUAUUGAUGGUCCAGGUGGAACUAGAAAAACAUUUUUGUACAUUGCCUUGCUUGCUGAAAUUCGGUCACGUGGUCUUAUUGCUCUCGCAACAGCUUCAUCAGGUGCAGCGGCUAAUAAUAUGCCAGGAGGUAGAACGGCUCACUCGAGAUUCAAGAUUCCUCUUAAUCUUGAAAAUAAUUCAAUGUGCAAUAUUAAAAAACAGAGUGGGGCCGCUAAACUGAUUCGCUCUGCCAAAAUAAUCAUAUGGGAUGAAGCGUCGAUGGCUAAACGACAAGCGAUAGAGGCAGUCGAUCGUACAUUCCAAGACAUUAUAGGUGUUAGUCUCCCAUUUGGUGGAAAGAUAAUGGUUAUGGGAGGUGACUUCAGACAGGUGUUGCCGGUUAUUAAACGUGGCACUCGAGCACAGAUUGUAGACUCCAGCUUACGAAUGUCACCUCUUUGGUCUUUGACUAAGAAGAUGCGGUUGACCAUAAAUAUGAGAGCGCUGAAAGAUCCAUGGUUUUCUAAAUUUCUUUAA